AUGGGCAGAUCGGAGCCUCCAUUCAUUUACGACCGCCCGACCACCUACAGCUUCUAUGGCCCGACCGACCCAGGCUUUAACCCGAAAGCCGUGACGCAAGCCAGCCGAGCUCCACCACCACCAAGACCUACACAAAAGGGUCCGUUGGUGAACAUCAAUCGCCAUCCCGACUCAUGGGGCAGCCUCGACCCAAAGUCAACAUGGACGCCAAUGAGUCCCCAUACCAAGAAUAGGGUCAAUUAUGCGCGACGUACGCAGUUGGCUUUACGAGUUCUCACUCUCCUGGGAGCACUUGGAUCUCUAUUCUGCUCAAUUGUGAUCAACAACGUCGCGACAACCGUCAUUUGGAUCAUUCGGGCUGGUCCCAUCGUUGCAAUCCUCCAUACUCUCUAUGCCGUCUACCAUCUUUGUCGAUCUCCAGUCAACCGGCCCCCCGCUUCUCAAGCUAGCUAUGGCCUGUUCGCCUCCACUCUGGAUGCGGGGCUCAUUCCGUUCUAUGUGUUUACCGCCUUUAUGGCUCAUGGAGAGUAUACCAUCGAUGCUUACCAUUGGGGAACGCUGUUUGCCAACGAUGCUGUGACCGUCCAGGUUGCGGAGGCUACUUUCAUCUGUGCCCUCGCCAAUGGCGGCCUGCACCUCGUUUCGCUUGCAUUGUCGAUCUUCUUGGCCGUCAUGUUCCGCAAGAUUUCUCAUCUGCCUCCCGAUAUGAAUCCCCUGGAAGACAAUUUGACCGCUCGUCCUCGCAAGAGCCGCAAGGAGAUUGAUGUGGAUGAGAAACAUCUCAGCUCGUCCACUUUGCAUUCGAGCCUCGAAGACCCACUCAUUGGUCCUCCUCGCUCUAUGCCAUUCAUGCAUACUCGUGGUCAAUCUAUGGCUAGUGACUCUAACCGUGGAUCAGUGGAUAUGAUGAACGUGAAGCGUCAAUCUGUGGUAUCCGUGCAGCCCCACCGUCUUUCUUACUUGGAGCCAUCCAGUCCGGAGAUGUUGUUCCACCAUCCUGCUAGCCAGCCAUAUGAUAUGACAUCGGAUGCUCCUGCCCCAGAAUACCGCAACGUUACUGCCCGCUCACCCGAAGUCGUGGAUCCCGCUACUCACACCCGUCACCUGGCCUCUCGCACUGCGGAUAGAGCUGACUCGGUUAGUCCAUUGUCUGGCAAUUGGGUAGCCUAUCCCGACCGCUCUCCAUCCCCAGCCAGUGAAGCCAAUAAUGAGAACGAGCCCGAUCUCCGUCAAUCUUCGUCCGUCUACAGUCGCCGCACGAUCUCUACAACCACCUCACAAGGCGGCAAUGGUUUCCGAGACUGGUUUGCAUAUGGACAGAAGCCUGCGAGUAUUGGAAGCGUUAUCCCUGAGGACACCCGCGGAGAAUAUGCAUCCUUGGCAAUGCACGAGCAUUAUGGAAACGAAGAGGAGAAGUAUGAGCAGGACCUCGGUGAUCGCCGCUUUAACAUUUUCUCAGACCCCGAAGAGCAUGACCAUGACCAUGAUGAUGAGCGUUCUCACGGACUUCCCUUCAAUCCUCUUAUGCUUAACCCUCCGACCCCUCAGCCAAUUCUCACAGAGAAGCCCGAAGACACCGAUCCCGUACGACGCAAUGUGUUGAUCGACAACAUGAACAUCUCCAACCAGCAGGCUCAGGAAGAAUCACCCGACUCUCCGUCAACAAAGACUCGCUACUAUGGUAACCUAGAGGAAGAGGGCAAGCCUGGUCUGGAUAUGUCACGGCACGCCAGUGGCCAAGACGACUUGACACGCAAACCAACAAAGCUGUCCAAGAAGCGGAACAAGAAGUUGUCCGCCUACCAGUCCCUCAAGAAGGAUGACAGCGACGAUGAGGGAUAUACCAACUCCCCGAGUGCAACCGAAGGAGACCGCAAGGGUCGUGUUGUCAGUAACUCUGGCACAGACACUUCUCGACCGGGUCUUGUUAGUGGCGUUGGUGCCUCCCUGUCCUCCUAUGGAAGUUACAUCGCCGGAUUGGGUGUUGGACGUCGCCGCGACGUGAGUGGUAAGGUGGCCGAAGAAGGGCGCAGCUUGAACGUUGUCGAAGAGACCGAGACUCCAAGCCCGAAGCCUGCCCCUACACGGGCUGCUGGAUGGGCACGAUUUGCGGGACUGUGA